AGGGUUAAGGAGUGGUUGAUGUCGCUGAUGUCCUCCCCCUGGGUUCGGAUUGGAUCAGGGAUCUCCCCUCGGGACUUCAACGCUUUAUUGAGCUAAUUAUCGCCGUCAUGUCUAACAACAACUCCAGCAGCAGCCUGGUCGUCGCUCAACGGGCCGUCAAGCAGCUGAGGGUGGAGGCGAGCGUCCGCAGGAUCCAGGUGUCCCAAGCUGCCGCUGAAUUGAGGAAUUUCUGUCUGCAAAACGCGUCCAAAGACCCCCUGCUGGUGGGAAUCCCUUCCAGUGAGAACCCCUACAGACCCCCCAAGUCCUGCAGCCUGUUCUAGGUAUGAGGAGAGGGGUUCUCCAGCAGUAAUGAUGCAGGGUAAUAAGCAACAUGAAUGAGUUCUGCAGUUACGUCCCUUUGAAGGCUUUCUGCUCUUUUUGCUCUUUUUGCGGACAGCAGCCAGGGCGGAGGGGUAACGGGGCAAUGGUUCCUGGUAAACUGACACUCUUAUUAACUUAGUGGUGCCAUCAUGUAUUACGCACUCUGAACUGUGCCAAACAGUGUCUCGUUCUAAACUCUGUAACUGUGUAAAUUAGGCAGACUUCGAAGUAAGAUGUUGCUUUGAUUAAUAAUUUAUUCACUUAACAUUGUUUUAAGGACUCUUGCUUUGAAUCCAAUGUUUAAUACAUUAUCAGCAUUCAUCAGCCUGUAGUUUAUUAAAAAAAUGACUGCAGCAGUGUGCCUGCACCAUGUUAGAAACAAGUGGAUCUGUUGAUUAGGAAUGGACACAGGCCACAGCUUCUUUCUCUAUUGAUGGGGUGCUGCCUGGUUGGAUUUUCAUCUCAUCAAUUAGUCCAUUUAUUCACCAAUAUUCCAACAAAAUAGAUUUCUGCUUUAAAAGUUUCUGCAUUUUCAAAGAUUGAUCCAGGGCAGUGACCACCAUCGUUCAACUCAAAGCACACACAUUGAAAGAUUACUUUUUUCAACUAUUUCUGGAAUUCAGUGAAUUGUGUGAUUUACAUUUUAGCUUUUUAAUCUAUACCUUUCCACACUGAAAUUCUGUGCCUUUAACCUUAAUCCUAAAUGUAUUGUUAAAUUCAUCUGCCUUAACUUUUCUAGCAUUUUAAACAGAAUGUAUUAAAUUGUAUUAUAAAAAUCAUCCAUUGUGUAGCAUUAUUGGAUCAUUUAUUUGUAAACAAAUAUAUUACACAUUUAAUUGCACCUACAAGAGUGUUAAGGGAUGGCGUUGUUGGUGGACAGUAGCACCGUUUACAAAUGAUUCAAACCAACGUUUAGUCAAUUCAACCAGGAACGCAAAGCAAUCCAAUUUCUGCUCCCUUGUCAGAUUUUGCUACCGUGGUGCGACUCGAUAGUGGAGUCUAUCAUAUCAUGCUUCCCAUCAGAAAAUGCUACCUUACGUCACAAGCAUGACGUAAGGCGCGUGUGAUCUGUAGAACAAUCGCCUCUCAAAUAAUGCUCCCACUGCAGAAUCAUGUUAUUUUACACCACUACUCACCCUAUGUAUACUGUUGAUGCUGUUUUAUAACGUACAUUGAAGAUUUCAGCGGUACAGUAUGUGCAUACGUAAUGUUAAAAGAAAACGCCAAAAAAAACAUCAAUAAUCAAUGAAACUAAAUAAAUAACUUCAACAAGAAAAGUGUAGCAACGUAUUUUUAAAACUUGUAUAUAUUUGUGAAUGGGAUUCUGUGUGUGUUUAUAUAUUUAAUUGAUAAUAAUUAUUCAAAAGAUCCAUAAAAUAAUAAUAAAAACAACCAAAACAUCUCAAAUCCUUAUUUUAUUUUAAGGCAUUUCUUGCAAAUAUAUGCAGCCUUAUUUUCAUGGGCAUAUUGUGCACACUCAAAAUGUGCCCACCGACUGCACAAUCCACACUGCACCUACCAAAUAAAACAAAAAAGAGAAUUACAAUUUACAAUGAGAUACAUUGUACGGUAUUAUGCACACACAUUUGAGUCAAUUAAUAAUACAAAGCACAUAUUUUACUAUUUGUACUUUACCUUUUCAAUCAUGCUGUCAUCUGCAUUUUCUUCGGCAAAGGAGCACACCACACAGAAGUCCUCUAAAAUUCCCUAGAAACAAUCAUGGUACACUACAAAUGUAUAAUUUGUGAAUAAAAAAGAAAAAACAUUUCGAAAAACUUCACACAAAUACUAUACUUAAAUAUAUACAUGUCACAAAUACCUCCCUAUUGUUUAUGCUAUCUAGACACAAAGCAUUAUGAUUUCUGUAGCACUGAACAAAUGACAACUAAAAUAAAAGUGUAAUAAAUAGUGAUGUUUAACAAUGUGUUCUCAUCCAGACCACUGGUUUGGGGAUGAUAGGCAGCUGUCACACUUCUUUGAAUAGCCAAAAUACUGCAAAGGCUGGUGUUGAGCUGAAAUAAAAUCAGUUAAAGUAAAAAAAAUAAUACAUUCCAAGCAGAAAGGAAUAAUUCCUGAAUUGUAUUUACUACAAUAGUAUUAUUAAAACGCACAUACUUCAUUAACAAACUCUUUCCCUGGUCAGAUAAGAUUAUUUCGGGACAACCAUGUGUAUAAAUAAUCGAGCAGAUGUGGCGUCCCACUUCAGCUUUAAUGGGAAAGCCUCAACCCAUUUUGAGAAGUAAUCUGUGGCUGUUCAAAUGUACUGGAAGCCAUCCAGCGUUUUUGGGAGAGGUCCGGUCAGGUCAAUACCAAUUAGCUCCCAGACAGCAGACACCUAUCAAGGUAAAACAAAUUUAAUUAUUUUUACACUCGAUACUUCUUUAUUAUUAGCUUUUGGAUAAGAUACCACUGCACACAUGUACCUGUAUACACUGUAAUGGCUGGGCAGCAGUCAAAGGUUUUCCAAGCAUCUGGCAUUUAUCACAUUCCAAGACCUUUAAGAAAGUAGCUGUUAAUAAAACACAAAAACACAAAACCGCAAUAACAAAUGGCCUACCCAGUUGUUAAUGUCCACUGACAUGCCAAGCCAGUAAAAUCUGGAGGAUAUUGCUGUGCAGGUUUUCAGGAUGCCCGUAUGUCUCCCCAUUGGAGAGGAGUGAAACUCUAUAAAGAGUUGUC